AUGGUGCUGGUUGCAUUUACCGCCGGCGAGGAAGGUGAGUGGAGCGUCACCAGUGUGGCGCCGGUGACGGGCGAUCCUCUGCCCGCGGCGCCGCAGCUGGCCGUGCGUGAGGGCCCCGCAGCCGCGGCCGCCCUGGGCGGCACCCACCAAAGCGCCGCCGCGUGGGCGCUGGCGGGCGUGACCUCGAAUCUGCGCUACACCACAAGGGACGAGCUGAAGCAGCUGGUGCCCGUCUCAGAGGGCCUGGGGCGGCCCGCGGCGACGCGCGCGGCGCUGAUCCCUAUCAAGAAGUCCGCAGCCUGGUGGGCGCUUUCUCAGGACGAGCGGCUGUCCAUCAUAUCCACCAGCCAGCACGUGGCCAUAGGCCUCAAGGUUCUGCCCGCCGUGUCGCGCCGCCUGCACCACUGCCGCGACCUCGGGCUGGGCCCCGGGGACGAGGCGCCGCCUUUUGACUUCCUGACGUGGUGA